AUGUCGGGGAAAACUUAUUUAGUAAGUAAAGCAAACAAUAAAAAAUUUCGACUCGAUGGUAUUAGACGAUCGCAACGGUUACCAGCGAAAGCUCAAUUAUGUCAAACAUUUGGUGCACAUCUACUUUACGGCGCUGGUCAACUUCCACCAAAAGUUGAUCUACGAUCAGAUAUGACAGCUGUAGAAGAUCAAUCACAGUUAGCCAGCUGUACGGCCAACUGUCUUGCUGGUGCAUAUGAAUAUUUAACAAAAAAAGCCAAUGAUCGUGAGACGGAUGUUAGCCGUUUGUUUAUAUAUUAUAAUGGGCGAGUUAAAGGUAGUGACUCGGAACCAAUCACAGAUUCUGGCUGUGUAAUGACAGAUGCUAUUGAAGCAUUAGAAGAAUUCGGUACAUGCCUCGAGUCACUUUGGCCAUAUGAACUGGCGCGUGUUAAUGAGCGUCCUAGUGAUGAAGCGUUUGACCAAGCAAAAUCUCAUCGCAUACAUGACGCAAUUCGAGUUGACAUUGAUUUAGAUCAAAUGAAAUCAUGUCUCGCACAAGGCUUUCCAAUCGCAUUCGGCAUUGAUCUGUUUCGCACAUUUGAUGAAGCAUCAAAGUCAGGUGUUGUACCAAUGCCAGAUCCAAAUGACGGCGCGCGAGAAACGCACGGAAGUCAUGCAAUGUUAGCCGUUGGUUAUAGUGAUCAAUCACAAGCAUUCAUCGUGCGAAAUUCAUGGGGAGAAGAUUGGGGUGAUAAAGGCUAUUGUUAUAUUCCAUAUGGUUAUAUGACAAAUCCUGAUUUUUGUUUUGAUGUAUGGACAAUUCGAAAGUUGACGAGCGAUGAUUUUGGUCAAGGUCAUUGGUCUUAUGAUGAUAAUGAUAAGUAUAUUGAUAAUGAUCAGACUCGAAAUCCUGUUGAUCCGAAUACUGAUGAUUACGCUAUUGAAACCAUUGUCGAUGAUACUAAUAUUUCCGACUAUACUGAGAAUCCAGAUACUUUGAAUACCAAUCAAACCGAUGAAAGCACAAAUGUUGAGUAUACUGAUGACGCAAAUCAAUAUACCACGGAUAACACUACAACCGAUUAUUCGUCAACUGAAUACAAUUAA